UCAUAUCACAUCAAUGAUAUCAUGUCACCGUGUGGGACUGUGGGUCAAUUAACCUUGUCGGAGUGGGCGCCCUGAUUCUAGUUUAUGAGCUAGGCAUGCUACUGCCUGGGAAGGUCUCCAACUCAGAAGUACGAGAUGAGGAGGGGAGCGGGGGUAGGUUGACCUCAGGUCUCCCCACUGGAAGCCCGAGGUAGGGGGAGCGGGGGAAUCUGUCAAAUAGCACACCUCUAACUUUUUACAGUACUAAUGCAAUUAGUUGUGCAAUUUAGUUUGUGUUUCUUGUUUGACGUGUAAUAAGCAGGUUCUCUUCUUUAUAAGUGUGUUAUUCUAUUUGUGUGUGUGUGUAAUAUAGGAUUUGUGCAAUUUAGUUUUAUUUGUGUUUUUUUUGUUAGUAAUAGUGUAAUAAUUCAAUAAUUUUUUUCUUUGUAUUUAUAUACACUUUGUUUCUAUUUGUCUUUGUUAUUACUUUUUGAUAUUUAUUAGUCUUACUUUUGUAUAUUUAUAUAGUUUAAAAUGUUAUGAUUAUUUGUGUUGUUCCAAAUGUCUGAAGGGGGGUUCGCCCAGGGAGCCAUACAAGCUAGAACUGCCACUGUGUGUUAGAAUAAUAUUUUUGGGAACCCACUUAAGCCAACUCCCAUGUCUCCCUCAGACAUUGAGGUGGCCUGUUAACGGGUAUGAGGGGAUUGAUGCUGUCAAAGAAGCGUUGAGGGCGGGGCUGGGCUGCUCCACAGACGCCAUGCCAAUCAAGAUUAAUCUGAUAGCGCCGCCGCGCUACGUCAUGACCACCACCACACUGGAGCGCACAGAAGGUCUCUCUGUCCUCAACCAGGCCAUGGCUGCCAUCAAAGAGAAGAUUGAGGAGAAGCGAGGCGUGUUUAACAUCCAGAUGGAGGCGAAGGUUGUGACAGACAUAGAUGAGACAGAGCUGGCCCGUCAGCUGGAGCAACUGGAGAGAGAGAACGCUGAGGUGGACGGAGAUGACGAAGAUGGAGAGAUGGAGGCCAAGGCAGAGGACUAAACUAGAUGAAGAACUGAGGGAUUGGAUAUGACGACGAGACCAAUUAUACAUAUGCAGUCCAGAGCAUGUAUUCAUAAAGCAUCUGAGUAGGAGUGCUGGUCUAGGUUCAGACCACCCCACCCCAUAUGUAAUCUUAUGCAUAAUGAUCUAAAAGGCGAAACUUAUCCUAGAUCAGAACUCCUAUUUUGAGAUAUUUCAUGAAUACAGGCCCUGUCUGAUGAGAUGACGAACUUCGUGUCAAAUCAAGCAUUCUAGAACGUCUCUCCAACUGAACCCUUUGGAUCAGUAGCAGGGACCCUCUCAGGGAGACGGAUAGAGAGAUGGCUACAGGCACUGACUGUCAUACUGCCAAACACAGGGCUGGGAAAGGCCUCUGUGAUUAUACCAAUGGACACAAUAACAACUGAAAAUGAUCACUGAACCCUAGCUGUUUGAAUUGCAUCAGAACGGGUGGGUUGGGGUAGGAUUAGCCUAUUUGUGCUGUAGCCAACUUCUCUCUGUGUGGCUACAGCACAUAUAAUACAAAAUGGGACAAGGCUUGGGUUGGUGGUAGCCUGGUCCCGUGCUGAAUGUUCUUUAACCAACUCUUUGUGACACAUACAGUAUAGGACCAGGCUAGAGUGAGUAGGGGUUUUGAUAGAUUCUGAGAAUAUAAUAAGAUGAGUGUUUUAUAUAUAGCAAGGACAUAUUUUAGGAAUGAGCACUUUUGAAAGUGGCCUUGACUUUCUCCCCAACUCCAUGAAAGGACGAUAGCUUUCUUGUCGUUUUCCAGCUCAAUAUGGUUCAAGUGAAAUGUCGGAAGGGAGAGUAUAAUGCUCACCUAACCAACUCACACAGAUCUUUAUAACUUAGGGUGCAUUCUGGAUGUAUUUCUAUUUUGACAGGACUACAUUCUUAACAUUACAUUAAACAAAUAAAAAAGUA